AUGCUUUUGUCUAAGUUUUACACCCUUAGCGUAUUAGCUUCCCAGGCUAUUGCACUUAACCCGUUUGCUUUUGAAAACACCCAAAAUGUUGUUUCUAUGGUCCAAUAUUCGCAGGACUCAGCAUUCUCCAAAUUGCAAGACUAUGUGGUAGAUAAAAAAUACUCCUUGCUCAAGUUGCACCGUAAUUUGGUGGAGCACCAGUCUAUCAGUAGCCACGAACUUGAAGUGUCUCAAUGGCUCGGUUCGUACCUUCAAAAUGCCGGUUUCACUGUGGAAUUGCAGAAGGUGGAAGGUCCAGAAAGAUAUAAUGUCUAUGCCUACUUGGGCUCCCAAAGAAAUACUUCCGUCGUGGUAACUUCCCAUAUCGAUACUGUGCCACCAUUUAUUCCUUACCUGGUGCACGGAACCGACAUUCGUGGCAGAGGAACCUGCGAUGCCAAAGGGUCUGUGGCUGCUCAGAUUAUCGCUGUUCUCGACCUUAUCAGCGAGGGGAAAAUUAAAGAAGGAGAAGUAUCGCUUUUGUUUGUUGUCGGAGAAGAGACCUCUGGUCCUGGUAUGCGUGCAGCCAGCCUGGAUCUCGGAGUGAAAUGGGACAUUGCUAUCUUUGGUGAGCCUACUGAGAAUAAGUUGGCAAUUGGUCACAAGGGCAUUGUUCUUUUCGACGUCGAGGUUUUGGGCCAUGCCUCUCACUCAGGAUAUCCAGAACUUGGUAUUUCUGCCACGGAGAUUCUUGUUCCUAUCUUGUACAAGUUGCAAACGUUGGACUUGCCGAAGUCUGACCUUUUGGGCCCUUCCACCAUCAACAUCGGCAAGAUCGAGGCUGGUGUGGCUGCCAACGUGGUUCCUGCUUACGGCAAAGCAACUGUGGCUAUCCGUGUGGCAGAUGAUCUCAAAAAAGUCUUAAGUUUGAUCCACUCAGUGGUUGAUGACAUUGAACAUGUUCAGCCUGUCAACGCUUACGGUCUGCACCCACAAUUCUUGGACUACGAUGUACCAGGUUUUGACUCAAUCGUUGUCGCAUAUACGACGGAUAUUCCUAACCUCACUAUUCCUUUGAAGAAGAGAUUUUUGUAUGGUCCAGGAUCUAUCCAUGUUGCUCAUGGAGACAACGAAUUUGUGUCCAAUGAGGAUCUUUUGGAUUCCGUUCAGGGCUACAAGAAGCUUGUUCUCCACUCACUUUCGUUAUAA